AUGGCGACAAGACAGGUCGUUGCUAACGAAGUCCUGUACUUUUUGUCAAAUAACUUUGAUUUAUUUGAUAAUGAUAAUUUUAUUGCUAACACGUCUGAUUUUUAUACUAAUGAAGAUUUCAUAUUUGCUUUGAAAACUUUGAAAACUGAAUUGGAAACUCAAAAUUUGGAUAAAUUAGACAAGCUAAUAAAAAUUGUUAAUGCAAUAGACAUGCAGGGCAUUGAAAUUUCAACAUUGAACAACAAGAUAAAUUGUUUAGCGUCCAAACGAGAUAACUAUAAUUUUGCCAGUCAUUCGAGUAAUAUUUCGACGGCAAUAUUUCCGGAAAAAACAACAUCUAAACUCAGUGCUGAUAAAAAAUUGAUCAAAAAAUCUGUAUUUGCCAUGAGCAACAUCAAAAAAUGCAGCAGAAGUAAUGUAAUUGACUACCUAUCGGAGGUGGGUAUUCAGGUAAUUUCGUGCUAUCCAGUGCUGAAACGCUCUCUGGCUCCGUCGGGUACUCUGCCUCGUAAUGAAGACGAAGACUCAACAAUACCGAACAAGCAAGGUGGUGGUGUUAGGAUUUUUCUCAAGGAUGGUAUCAAUUAUUCAGUCUUGGAUGAAGUUACGCUCUCCAAUUGGGUAGUUGAUUACUUGGGUAUCGAAAUCAAAUUAAACAACGCAGUAAUAUAUUUAUAUGCUUUCUAUAGACCCCCUGAUUCGGAUAUUGAUUUGCUUAUUCAAGUACUCAAUCUCAUUUUUGGGAAACUUAAAUCUAAAUCUAACACAUAUCUUGUUGGUGAUUUUAAAUCUCCUGAAACCUUCUCUUAA